UAAAAACACGGCAUUCCUGGCACUCGGGGCCUUCUGCAAGCGGCACCAGCAGCACCAUGAAGGCUCGCUUCGUUCUCCUCUUCCUCGUGGGACUCCUCGUGGCCUGGGCUGAGCUGCCAUCGGCAACUGGGCAAACAGAUAUCUGCUGUCUCCCUGAAAAAGGUGGUGACUGCUUGGCUUUAAUUCCUCGCUGGUUCUACAACUGGAAGACCAGAAGAUGCGAAAAAUUCACCUACGGAGGUUGUCACGGGAACGAGAACAAUUUCAAAACUUUUGAAGAGUGUCGACGCAGAUGCGGCGCUCAUGGUGAGAUUCGGCCCGGGCAGUGCGGGCACCGGAGGGCGGAGGGAGGGCACAAUGCCAGCAUGGCAGGCAUGGCACGGGGCAAGCAGUGUCCAAGGCACUGGGCAAAGUCCUAUCCAAUGACUGACUUCAAGCAGGGGCCCGUCUUCAUGGCGGCGCUUUGGCGCCACAAGACACCUGGCUCCCGCUCGAAGGACGAGGAGGAGCGGCAAAAGCCCCAGGCCAUCAGCCUGCAUCACGGGGAGCCUCUUGGAGCAUGUCCCAAACCCAUCGGUCAUGGGACCUGUGUGGAAGCAUGUAACAACGGAGACUCUUGUGGCCCAGGGGAAAAGUGCUGCAGCAAUGGCUGUGGCCAUCAGUGCAUGAAGGUCACUGGAGGGCCUUGCUAAUCUGGAGUCCAGCGAGGAAGAGCCUCUCCGCAGGACGUCUCACCUGGAGGGCCUCCGAAUCCGCUCUUGCUCCUGGGCCCUGCACACUGGGCAACGCAGCAUUGAAUUGAAUAAAAAUGCAAUGAGCUU